AUGUCAUUUGAUAAUUUACACAAGCAGAAGCAGUAUGCAAUCGACACCACAGUCGACAAGAUUUGCAGCGAAUUUGACGUUACGAAAGAAAAGCUUGCAGAACUUACAGAAUAUUUUGUCGAAUGUAUGGAGGAAGGUUUGAAGGCUAAGUAUGACGGGCGUGGUUUACCUAUGAUUCCAUCAUUUGUGAUGGGGAGGCCCGAUGGUUCUGAAGAAGGGGUUGUUUUGGCAGCUGAUUUGGGUGGGACUAAUUUUAGAGUUUGUUCAGUUAAGUUGAACGGGAACACUACGUUUACUAUGAAGCAGCAGAAAACCAAAAUCCCGGAGGAAUUGUUGGAUGAUGGCGCCGAUGAGCCAGUUACUUCGGAUGAGUUAUUUGCUUAUAUGGCUAAGCGCACGUUGACAUUUUUGAAGAAAAACCUACCCGAAGAGCUGGAAGAUACGAGUAAGCCUAUCAAAAUGGGCUUUACUUUUUCGUUCCCGGUUGACCAGACUUCUUUGUCCAAGGGUACGUUGAUAAGAUGGACCAAGGGUUUCAAUAUACAGGAUACUGUUGGAAAGGAUGUUGUUGAAUUGUUGCAGCACCAUUUGGAGCAGGUGGGGUUGAAGCAUGUCCGCGUCGUUGCUCUUCUCAAUGACACAGUCGGUACCUUUUUGUCGCACUGCUAUUCUAGUGGGGGCGCCAGCUUCAAGUCGGGAGAGAUUUCCGAGCCCAUUAUCGGUUGUAUCUUCGGUACAGGUACCAAUGGUUGCUACAUGGAGAAAUUAGAGAACAUCAAGAAACUUCCACAGUCAUUUAUAGAUGAGAUGCUUGCCCAAGGGAAGAAGGAAAUGUGUAUAAACAUCGAGUGGGGUUCUUUUGAUGAGGAACUGAAGUACUUGCCUACAACAAAGUACGAUGAAUUUAUAGACCAGAAGUACAGUCCUAAUCCCGGGCACAACUUGUUUGAAAAGCGUGUUUCCGGUUACUAUUUGGGUGAGCUUUUGAGGACCAUCUUGGUCGACUUGCACUCCCAAGGUAUGAUCUUCAGACAGUACCAGAAUGGAAAGUUGCCAUCCAAGGUCACCAAGCCCUUCCAGUUGACUUCAGAGGUUCUCUCGCACAUUGAAAUUGACGACUCCUCCCAAUUGCGCGAAACAGAGUUAUCUUUCUUGCAGUCAUUGAGGCUACCAACAACCUAUGAUGAACGUAUUAUUAUCCAGAAACUUGUUCGCGCAAUUUCGCGGCGCUCUGCCUACCUAGCUUCUGUGCCUCUUGCUGCCGUCCUCAUGAAGACCGGCGCAUUAGAAAAGAGAUACCAUGGGGAAGUAGACAUUGGCUGUGACGGAAGUGUUUUUGAAUUCUAUCCGGGCUUUAGAUCGAUGUUGAGACACGGUUUAGCUCUAUCUCCAUUGGGACCCGAUGGUGAACGUAAGAUCCACUUACUUGUAGCUAAAGAUGGGUCAGGGGUAGGAGCUGCCUUAUGUGCAAUGAUAGCGUGA